CCUGUCCUCAUUGGUCGAUGGACAUCGAGCAGGCCGCCAUUCAAGCAACUGUCGCCGAUGAUGGUGCAGACACAACAUUUAGUAUACGCGUAACUCGCCACGGGAAAAUACGGGUUUGGGUGAAGAAAGCACUGGAGUUCUUUCAAGUGAACCCGGAGACACCUCUGGUACUCUACUCGGGCCCAAGUGAGGCCUCUGCUUCGGCGAUCCCUAAGCUCAUAUCGGUGGUUGAGAUAAUUAAACGCCAGUACCUCGAAGGACAUCUGGUCGGAUUGCAUCAGUUCAACCAGCUCUUAUUCGAAGAGCGGUCUCAAGUGCCUGUUGAGGGGGAGAACAGGGCAAGUGCUCUGCUCCUUGCUCUUGAAGGCUCCUCGCAUCCGAAGCAGAAACUUGCGCCGUACAUGAAGAUCACGCUUUGCACGAAAUCCAUCCUUGAGAGACAUGGGGAGAGGGAGACAUAUCAGACCCCGAACGUCCGUAAAUUAUCGAAGGCGGCCAAAGCCAAGAUGAGGCAGCGAGCCAAAAGGGGGGCCAAUUCGUAGUAAAUAGUGUAUUUUGUGUACGAAAUCUGUGAUUGCUAUGGUAAUUUCCUUGCCAAUUAUUAUUGUAGUAGGGAGUGGCGGUGCAAGUGGGCUGGAAUGCCU